UAACAGCAACAACUUUGACCGAGGUACCGCAUCCAUUCACAUCACUUUCUACCUCAUACACACUCUCACUAAUAUGUCCUUUUUUCUUGGGGGAGGGGGAAACAGCGAUCAAAACGGUCAUCAUCAACGCCACCAGCGACGUUAAAGCGAUCGAAACGACAUUACACUGCUGAUAUCCUAGCGACGCGGUCGGAUACGAGCCCUAUCAGCAGUCUCAACACCGAUUGCUUAUAUCAAAUAUUUCGACAUUGCGGAAACAUAGAGACGUUAUGCAUACUAGCAAGCGUGUGUCGUCAAUGGCGUGAAAUCAUAUUAGAUCCCUUCUCGGUAAUACUGUUAACAAUAACAACAAAGGGGAGGGAAUCUAAAUGUUUUCCUGGGGUCUAAUGAAAGACGCGUUUAACUUUUUCGUUGUAAUAGUGGCGAAACGUGAGGGAAGAAUGGGAAUCAUUUGUAGAUAUGCUCUGCUUGAUCGACAAAAACCCUAAACAUCUGGCUCGUAAAAAACUCUUAAACACACGCACGGUCCACAUGUUUGGCAGCGCCAAGAAUGAUUUUAUUACAACCACACCAUUACGCAUCAAGGCACGAUUAUUCACAAACGUGACGGAACUUGUAAUGACCAAAUUGUAUUUCCAAGACAUGAUUGAAAUGAUCACCCAAACGCCGUUACUGGAAGUACUGCGGUGCGACAUCAUCCGAACGCGUGGCACCAGUGGCAAAAUGAUGCUUGGUUUAUUUUCUGGCUUGGAUCGGUUGCGCGUUCUCGACUUGCGGUUCCGAGAACCAUGCGAAUACACCGAUCAUGCAUUCACCAUCAGCCGUCGACGCGUUCGUAAAGUAUUACCCACGAGUUUGCAAGAAUUGCGUCUGUCCAACGUAUACGAUCCAGAAGAGAUGUCCUUACUUUUGCCUCGUGAUCCACAACAACCACGAAUCAGUAACGAUGGCAGCAGCAGCAGUCAUAGUACCGGUACUCAGCAGCAACAACAACAACAUGGACGAGAUGAUGAUGAUGAUGAUGAAGAAGAAGGCCCGACAGCUACAGUACUCUACCGACGACGAUGGAUGGAAGAUACGCUCGUCGAUAAAUACCAAUUUUUACACCCGCUCACGAACCUCAAGACGCUCCGUCUGGGUCGAUGUAAUGCGUACACAGCACGGGUGUGGCGAGAAUGUAUCAAACCAUGCGUUGGCAACCUCGAAUACCUGACUCUGGUGGGAUGGUACAACAAUAACACAGAAACAUUAUUAUCAGCAUCAUCACUUGCGCCUACACAGACAAAGAUGGAGGUAGAUGAGGAUACGCAACUGGCGAUACAAGAAACAAUUCUGGAAGUGCAGCACAAGAUGAAACGAUUUGUUAUGUUGGAUUUCGUAUGUGGUCCAGGAGUAGUUGGAGGGAUCAAGAAGCUCAAGUACGUGUCGUUGGAAGCCUCUUUUCUAAAACAACAACAGCAACAACCAGACGGUAUCGUUGGCGGUACUGCUGCUGCUUCUGAUGGUAGUAGUAAUAGUAGUAUUGGUCCUGUUUCCUAUUCCGGAUCAUUAUCGUCAUUGACCUCGAACGCAGACGAACUUCUGAACCAGCAUGUCAGUUUUUGCAGAAUCAACUUUUAAAGGCAAAACCAGAGAAUAAAUAUAAAAGAAUCGCAAG